UGCGGAAAGGGAGGCAGGAGCGGGGGCCACCACCGAGAAGCCUUCUUUACUGGAGGUAUUGCUCAUUGUCUCUACCAUCGUAGCGAGGUGUCCAAACGUCCGAGUGUUGCUGCUACCGUUCCAUAGACUCGGGUUGGAGGCAAGAGUAGCAUGGGCGACAAUGCGACCCCUUCGGCUGCCGUCGACUUUCUUGCCGGCACCGCUGGAGGCAUAGCCUCGCUACUAGUGGGACAGCCAUUUGACACCAUCAAGACUAGACUGCAAGCUCAGGCCACCCCACAAUUCAGCCUACAAGCUGGACAUGCGACCCCGGUUGCGGCCUCAACCUCCACCACCCCUCUCUUGAAUGCUGCUGCAGUGGCUCCACGGAGUGGAGCAGCGGCUCCUGUCCCAUCGUACGGAGCAUCGAUCAUUUCCGUAGCGCCCACACGGUACUAUCGUUCAGCUACCGAUGCUCUACAGAUCAUUGUCCGUGAGGAGAAGUUCUUUGGGCUCUUCAAGGGCGUUACGUCUCCCCUCUUGGGCGUAGCAGCGAUGAACGCCUGCAUCUUUGGCUCCUACGGCCUCGUCCUACGCUACCAAGGCGGAAGCGAGGCCGGCGGUGGUGCUACAUUAGGACAGAUCUUUCUGGCAGGAUGUGCGAGUGGAGUGAUAUCUUCGCUCCUCACCACUCCCAUUGAACUCAUCAAGAUCCGCGAGCAGCUGGACUGCUCUACGAAGGGCGCCAAGCCACAGACCUUGACAAUCAUCAAGCAGCUGUGGGCGAAGAGGAGGCUUGCAGGGCUCUACCGCGGCCUAGGGGCCACAUGUCUGCGAGACCUGGGUUACGGUCCUUACUUUCUCUGCUACGAGGUCUUCAAUCGGAUGCUCCUCUCUCUGCACGACGCUACGCCAUAUCCUUCCUCACAGCCGCCUCAGCUUUCGAACCUGGAGUUAGCAUGCUCCGGAGCUCUGGCGGGCGUUCUGGCCUGGGUCUCUACUUUUCCAAUCGACUGCAUCAAGACGAGGGUACAGGCUUCGAAUCGCAUCGAUGGAGAGGCGGGUUGGAGCCUCGGGCGAGGCAGUGUAGUCGCUGCGACGAAGGAGAUCUGGAGAGAAGGCGGUGUGAGAGCCUUCUGGAGAGGUGUAGGAGCGACCGUGAUGAGAGCGAUCCCCGUCAAUGCUUCCCUUUUCGUCGUGUACGAGGCGACGAAAGAGGCCCUGACCAAGAGGGGUUUCUGAGAUGAGAUCGUCUCAUUUGUACAUAGACCCAUAUGCAUACACGGUGCAAUGUCAUCGAAUCUUUCGUCAAAUGUCUGCACCCCACAGUCAUUUCACAUCCCCAAUGUUGCUACUACUUUGCACGUUGCCACAAAUCAUAAAUCAGCAUGCCACUAUACGGCAUUGUUCUCAUCC